AUGGCUUCACAUAAAGAAGCAAAGGCAAAAUUGUCGCCUUUAAUCUCCUCGGGAGAUUCAAAACAGGUAGAUGAGAGUUAUGACUUUUACAAGCAGCAUCAAGGUCUCGAAUAUACACCAGAGGAGGCCAAAAAAGUCCUGCGCAAGAUCGAUGUUGUAAUCAUCCCAUUGCUUUUUCUCAUCUACAUGCUCCAGUAUCUGGACAAGAACAGCAUAAACUUUGCAUCUGUCUAUGGCUUGAAGUCAGGGACGCAUCUUCAUGGGCAGCAAUACUCAUGGCUGAGUUCCAUCUUUUAUUUCGGAUACCUCAUCGCGCAAUGGCCUGCUGGGCUGGCGUUGCAAAAGUUUCCAGUCGGUAAAUAUAUGGCUGUUACAACAUUAAUUUGGGGCGGGCUUCUCAUGACAACUCCGGCUUGCCACAACUUUGCCGGAAUUGCGAUUAACCGUUUCCUUCUCGGAGUUGUCGAGGCGGUUGUCACUCCCGGGUUCGUGCUCAUGACCGGCAUGUGGUACACAACCGAGGAACAGCCUCUGCGACUAGAGGCAUGGUACUGUACCAAUGGUAUCGCGACAAUGUUCGGAGGUUUGAUUGGAUAUGCGGUUGGUCACAUUACAACCGGUCUUCCAAGAUGGAUGUACGUGUUCCUGAUCUUUGGAGCAUUCUCGGUCGCUGUUGGAAUCGCCGCCCUGAUCUUCCUUCCCGAUCUUCCGUCGACUGCCAAAUUUCUCAAUGAGCGCGAGAGAGCCAUUGCCGUUGAUCGUGUCGCUAUAAAUCGACAGGGUGUGAAAAGUAGCAAGUUCAAAUGGUAUCAAGUCAGACAGGCGGCGGCUGAUCCGAAGACCUGGCUCUUGUUCAUCAUGGCUAUUGGAGCACAGGUACCAAACUCUGCAUUGACAAGUUUUACAUCCAUUAUUGUUGGUACUUUCGGGUUUGAUACCCUGGGCACGCAGUAUCUUCAAAUUCCAGGUGGCGCAGUUCAGUUCCUUACCCUUCUUGUGGGUGGUUGGAUAGCGACCAAAUUCAAUGGCAAAUUUCAUUCACGGUUUGCAUGCAUGAUCUUUGCCUGUUGUGUUUGCAUCAUCGGCGCAGGCCUCCUAGUGGGACUUCCCGAUGAGAACAAGUGGGGACGACUGGUUGCGCUCUGGCUCUGUUAUUUCCAGGGACUGGGAUUCAGUAUGACUUUAAUCAUUGUCAGUUCAAACAUUGCUGGAUAUACCAAAAAGCAAGUCACGGGUGCCCUCUUGUUCACUGGCUACUGUGUUGGCAACAUCAUUGGGCCUCAGACUUUCAAGGACAGCGAGGCCCCCGGAUAUCACAGUGCCUACAUUGCGAUGCUCGUUGGGUACGUGGUCAAGCUCCUUUGCAUUGUCGCACUAUACGCGUACAUGUACUUGGAAAACAAGCGCCGAGACCGCCAGGCCAUCGAUGGACAGGAAGUAGCAGCAGAGGGUGUGGAAAAUGGAAUGCUGGACAAAACCGAAAUCGAGAACAAGGGGUUCAGAUACGUUCUAUAG